UCAAUUUCUAAUGAAGUUAUAUAUCAGAGAACAAGACGGUUAUUGGCUAUCGUGUUGUCGCGUUGCCGCGUCCUGUGUGCAAUCAGCCUAACAUCAUUGCAUUUUUCAUUCAUCGAUCAACGAAUCUAACAGAGAUAGUUAGCUCCCUAGCAUCCUUUUCUGUAGCGAAGCUUCCCCUACUCUUUGCUAGUUCACUCCAAAAGAGACUCCGAAUCUCUUGAAGUUCUUUGAAGGUUAGAUUAUGUCUGAGAUGUCAAACAAAUGAAACGUUAAAAUAAAAGUCAUCAUGUCUUUGUAUGAUGAUUUUGACAAGCACCGGACCACAGAGAAGGUCGCGGGCUGGUCUUCCGGUAUUAAAUUACUACAGUCGCAGCUGCAAUUGAAAAAGGCUGCUACAACACAGCCGAAACGUGAACAAUACAGAAAAGCUACCGCAGUAUUGGCACCGGUGAUAGAUUUGAAAUCCAAAGCUAAUCGUGAUAUUGAUAGAGAAGAUGACAGUGUUCAUAAUAAUCCAUUAUCUAGUGGUCGCAUGAGCAACAUAGGAGUAGGUGGUGAAUUUGAUUGGAAUGUGGUGAACGAAUAUGAUCCUAUAUGGCCCAAUGAAUACGAGAAAGUUGUGAAAGAGUUACGUGACAUCAGAGAUAGAGAGCAUGAUCAGGAGACGGAAAUGCGCAAACGUAGAAGGGAUAGCACUCGCUUUGAAGAUACUCAAACUGCUGGUGGGAAUAGUACAAUGAUACCUCCUGAAAGAGAUGAAGAAAGAACACCAACUUCAAGAGGUAUAAUAGGAGGUGCCGCCAUAGCACCACCACCAUCCUUACAAGAAUCUACAGAAUUGCCACCUCCACCGCCACGACAACCAUCUAAUCUGGGAUAUUCGACAUCAUCGGUAGCAGCAAAAAUAAUGGCUAAAUAUGGUUUUAAAGAAGGACAGGGUCUUGGUAAGAAGGAACAGGGCAUGUCAGUAGCAUUACAAGUGGAGAAAACCAGUAAACGUGGUGGUAGAAUAGUCGGUGAAAGGGAACAAUUGAUGCCUCCACCACCACCUAUUACAGCUUCUCCACCACAGAUACAACAGCUACCCCAAGUGCAGCAGCCACUCCAAGAAGAACCUAGCAUUACCGAGAUAAUGAAAUGUCCAAGCAAGGUUGUUCUCUUGCGCAAUAUGGUCGGCCCUGGAGAAGUAGAUGACGAUCUUGAACCAGAAGUAAAAGACGAAUGCAAUACCAAAUAUGGCGAUGUUGCACGUGUUAUUAUUCAUGAAGUGAUUGAAGCUGCACCGGAAGAAGCAGUACGAAUUUUUGUCGAAUUUAAGAGGAUAGAAAGUGCUAUCAAAGCUGUAGUAGAUUUAAAUGGACGUUUCUUUGGCGGUAGACAAGUUAAAGCGGGAUUUUAUUCUAGUGAGAAACUUGAUAAUUUGCAAUUGAUGGAUUAAUUUUAUUUAUAAAAACUUCAGAUUCUGUAAUCCUUAUUCCGUCACAUUGCAUAAAAACAUUUUAUAUUUUCAUUAUACAAUAUUAAUUCAUUAAAGAUCAAUUUUUUUCUAGUUAUGUAUAAAAUUUAUUUCUUUAUUUUAUUUAUUUAUAUAUUCGAGACUCGUACUCAUAAUGAUUUACAUUUCAACAAUUUUAUCUCCAUACAUAUAAAAUUUAUUUUUAAAAUCUGUAUUAUUAAAGUAAAUAAUUUAUGUAAUAUAGUAAACAAUGUUAGGUGUAAAACAUCAUGGUUUAUGUGAUUUUUCAUAGAAUGGAAAAUCUGAAGAAAAAUACAGGAAAAAA